GGUACUCGUAGCCCAGCCCGGCGAGGGUGGCGGCCCCUGCGCACGCGGGGCCCUCGGCCUUCCCGGGGCUUUCGUCCCGGUCAGGAUCGGCGGCCCCCGAGGGCUUGUUCCCUCCUCUGGGCCGCGUGUCCGUCACAACGAUCACGUUUUCCUAGUGAGCACCUGAAAUGGAUAAAAGUUGCAGUUUUUGUUACUUCUCGUGAGUUUGUGUGUCUGGAAUGAAGACAAUGAAAUUAAUCUAGAGUAGGACAUUUGGAAGGACCUGGAAUGGCAUUGGGCAUCCCCAGGAAGAUCUGCAAGGAAUAUCUGAGGAAUAUCAGAUACACUGGUGAGAAAUCCUUUGAAUUUCUUCCAGCAGGGGAAAAGUAUUAUUUCGAUUAAGCAACAUCUACAGUGAAGAGAAAUGGAAUAAAGUUUCAAAUAUAUUGAAUCUGUUACUUAACAUCUUAAUGUAAAUUGAGAACAAAAAAAUGAAAAGUCAAAUCUUUUAAAGAAUGUUAGCAGUGAUAAAAUAUUUUUAAAACUUUUGAACUUAUCUGAGAACUGCCAGGACUCUGAAACUUGAUAAUUCCAAAUUUUGGAAAAAUUUCAGUGAAAAAUAACACUUGAGAAUAUACCAAAUGUACUCAUGGAAGAAGCUCGGAGAGUGGGAAAGUGCCACUAACAGGUUUUUACAUACUUAGAGAUUACCUAGGUAAACACAAGAAGUUAAAGCUCAGUCUUUGAGACUGCUACAUCGAAUGUAAUAAAUGUGAGAUUUCUUCACAUGGACAAGAGAACCUACUUUCUUUCUCAGUAAACAUACUUAACAACUGUUCAGGAAUGCCAGCUCCCCAGACAUCCCAAUGUCAGGAUAGCUUGGACUCCUCAUCCGGGUGGAUGGCCUGCUGCCCAGUGAAUACUGCUUACAGAGCACCGCGAGCACCAUUUUUUCUUCUGGCAGUGAGGUGAAAUCAGGUCGUUUUGGAGGGGGAGAAGCCACACUGCUUCUCUGCUACACAAGAUUAUUCUGUCUAUGCCUUUGAGGCUUUCACACUCCCUUCUCAAGCACUACUUUUUAUGUAGACUUAGCUCACCUGGGUUUCUUCCUGUGGACACAUCUCCCCUCUGCUCCUGCUGUCUGUGUCUGCGUGGAGUUAGGGAGAGCAGGUAUUCCUGUCACUCCUGACUAGAGCUGCUGGAGCUGUCAAGAGAGGAGGAGGAAGAUGGGGUUCUGAGAACCGAUCAUCCUUACCUUGUCAGAGCAAAGGCUAGAUAGGGCUUUGACAGUGGCGGCUUUCUGAGUUCAUAAGCCCUUCAUCUGUAGACUACCACUUGUGUCAUGAGUCUUUAUCCCUUUUAGCCCAAUACCCUUCUGUACAAAUGCCUGUGCCUUUUGGGGCUUUAAGCUAGUUUUUUGUUUUGCUUUUAAUUUUUCCCAAUUCAGUAAGGCUUUUCCCUCUUUUUCUCCUGUUGGUUGUCUGAAACCCAAUUCACUAUGAAUAAAAGAGGGAAAUAUACAACAUUGAAUUUGGAGGAGAAAAUGAAGGUUCUCAGUAGGAUUGAAGCUGGACGGUCUCUGAAAAGUGUAAUGGAUGAAUUUGGAAUCAGUAAAUCAACAUUUUAUGACAUUAAGAAGAAUAAGAAAUUGAUUUUGGACUUUGUACUGAAGCAGGACAUGCCAUUGGUAGGGGCUGAGAAGAGAAAGAGGACAACAGGAGCCAAAUACGGAGAUGUGGAUGACGCAGUGUACAUGUGGUACCAGCAGAAACGCUCAGCUGGCGUCCCCGUGAGGGGUGUGGAGCUUCAGGCCGCUGCAGAGAGGUUCGCACAGUGUUUCGGGCGAACCGACUUUAAAGCUAGCACUGGUUGGCUUUUUAGAUUUCGAAACAGGCACGCCAUUGGGAAUCGAAAAAUAUGUGGAGAACAAGUCCUAAGUUCAGCUUCAGAAAAUGUUGAGCCCUUUCGACAAAAACUGUACAUGCUUAUCAAAGAGGAGAAACUGAGUCUAGCUCAGCUGUACAGUGGGGAUGAGACUGACCUCUUUUGGAAGUCAAUGCCAGAAAACAUUCAGGCAAGCAGGAAAGAGAUCUGCCUGCCUGGGAGGAAAAUAAACAAAGAACGGUUGUCUGCGCUGUUAUGUGCAAAUGCAGAUGGAACUCAUAAACUGAAGUCAGUCAUUAUCGGAAAAUCAAAGCUGCCCAGAAGUGUGAAAGAGGACACAGGUGCAAUACCUGUGAUAUAUAAGCCCAGUAAAGAUGUUUGGUUCACCAGAGAAUUGUUUUCAGAAUGGUUCUUUCAAAACUUUGUUCCUGAGGUCAGGCAUUUUCAGCUUAAUGUUUUAGGAUUCCAUGAAGAGGACGUCAGGGCCUUGUUACUUCUGGACAGUUCUCCAGCUCACCCUUCUGCCGAAUCACUCACCAGUGAGGACGGUCAAAUAAAAUGCAUGUUCUUUCCCAGUAACACUUCGACCCUGAUUCAGCCAAUGAAUCAAGGUGUGAUCCUGAACUGCAAACGACUUUAUAGGUGGAAGCAACUUGAAGAGAGUCUUGUCAUUUUUGAAGAAAGUGAUGAUGAGCAAGAUAAAGGAGAAAAAGGAGCUUCCAAGAUUAAAAUCUACAACAUAAAAAGUGCAAUUUUUAACUGGGCAAAGAGUUGGGAUGAAGUGAAACAAAUAACCAUAGCAAAUGCAUGGGAAAAUCUUCUUUACAAAAAGGAACCUGAAUAUAAUCUUCGGGGCUUAGAAGAUGGAGAUUAUAGAGAAAUCCUUGAGAAGUGUGGGGAGUUGGAAACCACGCUGGUGGAUGACAGGGUGUGGUUCACUGGGGAUGAUGAAGAGAAGGGUAACCUCGAAAAAACAAAAAGUGGAAUUACAAAGGAAGUUGUUCAGAAACGAGGAGGAGCAGAAGAGCAGACUGCUGAAUUUCAGCUAUCUGAUGUCAGAGAGAGUCUGGACUACCUUCUUGACUUUGUUGAUGCCACACCUGAGUUUCAGAGGUUCCAUUUCACGCUGAAAGAGAUGCAACAAGAAAUAAUAAAAAAACAGUUCCAGAGUAGAAUCCAUUCUCAAACUGGUAGUUUUUUGAAACCUAGGCCUCGUGUUAUGAAGGAUUCCUUCAAUAUGCCUUCAACUUCUAGUAAUUAGAUCUUGCAUUUACAGAUUUCUGUAGUUAUAUAUGAUGCAGACCUGUUGUGAAUUGUCAUUGUUUUUAUCAGCUGACCUCAUUUUGCAUAGCACUGCCCAUUUAUAUGUUGUUUCUAAAACAUACAAUUUAAAAAUAAAUUUGUCUCUUUAAAGUAUAAAAACAUUGAUU